CAUGGACAUCUAAUCAUGUUCCACGACACACACACUGAAGCAAAAGGAACUCAAACACAGUCUCGACUCUCUACUCUCUACUCUCUACUCUCAUCUCCGUCCCCUCCUUUGACUCAAAGAUGCCGCGCCAUCCAACCACCCUUCGAGUCUUCUGCGUCGGAACCCUCGACACCAAGUUCCACGAGCUCCGCUUCCUCUCCAACUCUCUCCGUUCCAAUCUCCAACGCUUCUCCACUCACCUUUCCUCCAAGUUACAGGUAGAGGUGGUGGUUGUUGAUGUCUCUGCUGGUCCAGAGGAACCAAAGAGCAUCCAAGAUUUCACAUUCGUUUCCAGGAGCGAAGUUCUCUCUUGCUGUGGUGGAUCAAACGCGUAUGAAUCGGACAGAGGUAAGGCCGUUGCGAGGAUGUGCCAAGGACUUGAGCAGUUCUUGAAGAACUCUCAAAACGACAAGGAGGGUGUUGCCGUUGCAGGCGUCAUUGGAAUUGGGGGCAGUGGAGGGACAUCAAUACUUUCUUCUCCCUUCAGGUCCCUUCCAAUUGGUGUCCCUAAGGUUAUUGUGUCAACCGUGGCCAGUGGUCAAACUGAACCUUAUGUUGGGACAUCGGAUUUGGUGUUGUUUCCUUCCAUUGUGGACAUUGCUGGAGUUAAUAGUGUUAGCAAGGUAAUAUUGUCCAAUGCAGCUGCUGCUUUCGCUGGAAUGGUUGUUGGAAGAGCUAUUCAGAGCUUAGAAGAUUCGUCUUCUGUGGGAGAUAAGCCUACUGUUGGUAUAACUAUGUUUGGGGUUACUACUCCAUGUGUCGAUGCUGUUAAAGAUAGGUUGAAUAAGGAAGGUUAUGAGAGCCUUGUUUUCCAUGCAACUGGGGUUGGUGGCAGGGCUAUGGAGAAUUUGGUUAGAGAGGGAUUUAUACAGGGUGUUUUUGACAUCACAACAACAGAAGUAGCAGACUACAUAGUUGGAGGCGUAAUGGCAUGCGACAGUUCUCGCUUUGAUGCCAUUUCAGAGAAGAAAGUCCCCCUAGUUCUAAGUGUCGGAGCAUUAGACAUGGUGAACUUUGGUGCGAAAGAUACCAUACCUCAGGAAUUUCAGCAGAGAAAUAUAUAUGAGCAUAAUAAGCAGGUUUCACUCAUGCGAACAACUGUAGAGGAGAACAAAAAGUUUGCUGAAUUCAUUGCAAAUAAACUGAACAAUUCAUCAUCUAAAAUCCGUGUUUGCCUCCCAGAAAAGGGUAUAUCUGCUUUAGAUGCACCAGGGAAGCCUUUUCAUGACCCAAAGGCAACGGGUACUCUUCUUCAUGAACUACAAAGGCUUGUUCAGACAAAUGAUGAUUGUCAGGUAAAAGUGUAUCCCCAUCAUAUUAAUGACCUUGAGUUUGCAAAUGCAUUAGUUGAUGCAUUUUUGGAGAUUAAUGAGAGCUCUACUAAAGAUUCUACUCAUAAACAAGUAGCCAGUCCUGAAUCCAUUGAUCACUUUCGUAAAGAUGAUGAUGCUUCAAAUGCAUCAAGUUUUAGGAACAUUGGCUAUGCGCCUAGUGAAUUCCCAGAUGCAAAACCAGAAACUUUGGAGAAAACACGCUUUAUAUUGCAGCAAUUAAAAUCUCAAAUAGAUAAAGGAAUACCUAUAAUCGGAGCUGGUGCUGGGACAGGCAUAUCUGCCAAGUUUGAAGAAGCUGGAGGUGUUGAUCUGAUAGUGCUGUACAACUCAGGGCGCUUCCGGAUGGCAGGGAGAGGCUCAUUAGCUGGGCUUUUACCUUUCGCCGAUGCUAAUGCUGUUGUGCUUGACAUGGCUAAUGAAGUUUUGCCAGUGGUAAAGAAGGUACCGGUUCUUGCUGGAGUUUGUGCAACUGAUCCUUUCCGUCGAAUGGAUUUCUUCCUUAAACAGGUGGAGUCUACUGGAUUUUCUGGGGUGCAAAAUUUUCCAACAGUUGGAUUAUUCGAUGGAAAUUUCAGACAAAAUCUUGAAGAAACCGGAAUGGGAUAUAGCUUGGAAGUUGAGAUGAUCCAAAAAGGUCAUAAAAUGGGUCUCUUGACAACCCCAUAUGCAUUCAAUCAACAUGAAGCUGCGGAAAUGGCUAAAGUUGGUGCUGAUAUUAUAGUGGCCCAUAUGGGUCUAACUACAACGGGUUCAAUCGGUGCAAAAACUGCUGUUUCACUGGAGGAAAGUGUGGUUCGUGUACAAGCUAUUGCAGAUGCUGCACAUAGGAUCAAUCCCAACGCAAUUGUGCUGUGCCAUGGAGGUCCAAUAUCAGGUCCAAAGGAAGCAGAAUUCAUAUUAAAGAGAACCAAGGGAGUCCAUGGAUUUUAUGGCGCAUCGAGCAUGGAAAGACUACCGGUGGAACAGGCUAUCACAAGUACAGUCAAAGAGUACAAAGCAAUUUCCAUUAGCUGAGGUUUAACAUGUUUGUUCCUUCAUGACACUGCUCUUAAUCUGUACGUAUACCACAUGUCUAAUAAGUAAUAACGGCGUUUUUAUU